AGGAAGUUUGUGAAGUGGUUUAGAUUUACUCAUCUCUAGAUGAAAAUUACUGAUAAAUAUUAAAAUUAUUCAUAUUUUGGGGACAUUUGUAAAUUGUUAUAUCUAUAGGAAUUACAGAUAUUUCAUAUGUGAAGUAGAUUGAGCUUGCUGAAUGUCACGACCUUGUCCCAAAUUUAUUUAAAUAUUGUGUUCGCUGGUUUUGGAUCAGUGCAAAUAAUGUGUGGUAAAGCUAUGCAAAAAUGAGUAGAAAUUCCAAGAGGAGUAAAUUGCAAUCUGAAGCAUAUACAUUUGAGAUGGAGGAGUGUAAGAUAACACCAAAAAUAGAACGACAAACCAGUGCUGAAUAUGCCAGUAAUAUGGACACCGCACAUUAUGUGACACUAGACAAUGUUCCUUCUAAUCAAAAUAAUGUCGGCCAUGGUGUGCUGGCACAAACAUGUAAAAAGCAAAUCUGUUCCGGUAUGUCCCUUUGGGCCAAGACCCAACUACUACCUCCAGAAUACCUGAAACAAAUAGAGACAAUCUAUGCCACAAAGUUUCCCAUAGAGGUCCGUCAUUAUUUUGCAGAGUGGAUAGAAGAGCAGCCAUGGAGUCAGGUAGAUGAAACCAACAGCCAGCAUGAACAGUAUGCUGUUACACUUCUUGUCAGCCUGUUACAACUCAUACAACAGAAGUCAGAUGAACUUCCUACAACAGGAGAUUAUUUCUUACUAAAGUUACGUUUCCAAAAUGUGAUAGACCAAUUACGAGAAACAUAUGAGCCUUCACCAUUAGCAUUUGUUAAAACUGUAAAGAGUUGUCUGACCUUAGAAGAAUCUCUGGUAAACCAGGCAGAGAAUCCUUCACUAGUUAUAGAAGAUCCAACAGUGCAACAACUGGCAACUAACAAACAGAUAUCUAAAGACAUAGACACCCUCCAGACAUGGACUUCAGUGACAGAUACAGACAUAAAACAACUACAAGAUAAACAGGAAGCAUUGAUUAUACACUGGAAAAAUUCACCAAAUAUUACAGCACAACUUGGCAAUGCCUUAAAUCAGUUACAACAGAAAUUGGAGUUUGCUAAAACACAGAUACAACAAUGGCAACAAGGGGGAGAUAAUCAGCAUGAGUUGGAGAAACUAAGGAAUGAGAAAGAAGAGCUGAUGAACAAGGAAAAAGAAAUUUCAGCACAGCAAAAAAAUGUUCAGACAGAAUUAUCAGCCAAGGCUCAAGAAGUUAUGGAACUUCGUUCGACUUUACUUAACAAGUACAAGAAAUCAUUCCUGUUUUUGGAAGAUGUACAAAAGAAAGUGAUUGAUGUAGAGUUGAUUGCUUGGAAACGUAAACAACAGUUGUCAGGGAAUGGUGCACCAAUAGAGGAGAAACUUUUAGACAGACUACAGUCAUGGAGUGAAAGCUUGGCAGAAAUAAUUUGGAAGAGUCGACAACAGAUUUUACAGUUUGAAGUGUUACGUACUCGUCUCCCACUGAACACCUCAACAGAAAACCAGUCUGACAUAUUACCAGAUUUGAAUCAGAAGAUUACAGCGCUAUUGUCAUCUUUAGUUACAAGUACAUUUGUUGUGGAACAUCAGCCUCCUCAAGUGUUGAAGAAAGAAUCUCGGUUCACAGCUAAGAUAAGAUUGUUGGUAGGAGGGAAACUAAACAUCCACAUGAAUCCACCUACAGUGAAAGCUUCAAUAAUCAGUGAGGAACAGGCUCGAGGAUUACUGAAGAGUGAUGUAACAGCCAAAGAUGCUGAUAGUGGGGAUAUACUGAAUAAAGAAGGAACAAUGGAGUACCAUGAUGGGAAAGGAGAACUGAGUAUACAGUUCAGGAAUAUGCAACUGAAGAAGAUUAAAAGAGCAGAUAAAAAAGGAACUGAAGCUGUAACAGAAGAAAAGUUUUGCAUCCUGUUCCAAUCGGAUUUCCAGCUUGGCAUUAAUGGUGAACUGAUGUUUCAAGUUUGGACAUUGUCACUUCCAGUUGUUGUAACAGUCCAUGGAAACCAAGAAUGCAAUGCCUUAGCAACAGUGUUAUGGGACAACCAGUUUGCUGAGCCAGUAAUUAUUAGUAGUUUUCAAAAGAAUGGAAGAACACCGUUCCAAGUUCCUAGUCAGGUGUCAUGGACGUUAAUGUCACAGCUCCUCAACACUAAAUUUCAGGCUGUGACAGGGAAAGGACUCUGCCCAGAAAACCUGAACUAUCUGGCAUCAAAAGUGUUUGGAGGAAAUAAUAAAACAGAUGAAUAUUCAAAGCACAACAUAAAUUGGUCUUUAUUUAACAAGGAUACUUUACCAGGGAGAAGUUUUACUUUCUGGGAAUGGUUUUAUGCUGUUAUGAGAUUGACUAAAGAUCACCUGAAAAGUCUUUGGUGUGAUAAGACAAUUAUUGGCUUUGUCAGUAAACAACAGGCUCAAGAAUGGUUACAGAUGAGACCUGUUGGAACCUUUCUGUGUCGAUUUUCUGAUUCAGAGUUAGGUGGUGUCACUAUUGCAUGGUCAGCUGAGGACCCAAAGUCUCCUGGAGAAAGACAAGUAUGGAAUUUGGCUCCAUAUGGCACAAAAGAGAUUAACAUACGUACCCUUGCUGACAGAAUCAAAGAUCUUCCACAGCUUACACACUUGUUUCCAGAUAUACCAAAAGAUCAAGCCUUCAGUAAAUAUUACACAACAGAUACCUUGCCAGAUAUUAAAGACCCAGAGGGCUAUAUAAAAACCCACCUGAUCAACACACUCACUACACCUGGUGCUGCACCUAUGAACUAUGAUAACCCUUCAACACCUCAAGCCAUUUACAAUGGUCCAGACUCUCCAGCCAGUAUAUACAGUCAACCUAUCUCAACACCAGGAUCAAAUGUAACCAGUACCAAUAACAAUUUAAUGGAUCUUGGUGCAAUAGCUGAAGCAAGUGAAGAUGACAUGCUGGAUGCAUUCAUUAGUCUGGAUUAUAAUGCUGAUAACUUGAAUGACAUGAGUCUCAUGGAAAUAUUGCCUAGUAUGAUGGCUAAUAAUUAACAUAAAUGAUGUCUGUGUUAUUAAAACAAUAAACAAAAUUGGAUUAUGGUGCAAGAAUACACCCAGUAACAAGAAAAAUACAUCAAUUAAUGCAUGCUUUCAGAAUAUUGAGUCUUUGAAAACUUAUAUAUUAUUGUUUGUUGAAUCAAUGUGAUAUCAGUUCCUCUUGUUGUAAAAUGUAACCAACAAAAUAUCAAUAACCAUCUUUAUUUAAUAUGGCAUUGUUCAGUCAUUCACAUUUUUCGAAUUUAUUUAAGAUGCCUAGUUAAAAAUGUGUUUCCCAUCAUCCCAGGUCGACUCUUGGUGAUGAAAUUUUGAGACAUAGAUUUGGAAUAUCUUGUGGUGAAAUGUGGUGCUGAGAUGAAUUAUAAUAAUUGUACAUUCCCAAAAUUUGCUACUGUCAGAUGACUUUUGUUUAACCCUAGAUUUUUAUGAGGUCUGAAAUUCUGGUUCACAGAAUAGAUUAUUUUUGGCAAAGUACUAUAAUAGAGAAAUAUGGAUAAAUGAACAGAAAUAGUGAGAAUACUGGGUAAAUAAAAUAUAGAUAAUAAAAAAUAUAAGGCAAAAAAAAUAAAGAAUACAGAAAAAGGUCCAAUUUUUUUUCAAAAACCCUGACAUCAAGACCACGAAGAUACAAACAAAGAAUGAUUAACAUUUACCCUUAUUUACAGUAAAUUCACACAAUAGGUUAUUGAUAUCAAUCAAAAUAAUAUAAUGUAAUGGUACCAAAUAAAUAUGUUUAAAACAAUUCUGUAUGCUGGCUGUACUGUGUAAAUACUUAUACAAUGUUUUAUUUUGUGUAAAUAAUUAUACAAUGUUUUAUUUUGUGUAAAUACUUAUACAAUGUUUUAUUUUGUGUAAAUACUUACACAAUUUUAACCAAGAAAAAAAGACAAUACAGAGCUUGUUAGUAUGAAAGCACUGACCAACGUUUUAUUGUGCUUUGUUAUUUAUAUUUAAUUUCUUGGUAAAACAAGGAUUUAUGUAGUAAGAAUAACAACCAAAAUCCUUGUUUAAGACGAUACAAAAUUAAUGCAGUGAUUUUUUUUAGCUGGUUUGGUAAAAUUGUUAUAUUAGUGGAAUCUGUAAUAGACAUGAUUAAAAAUUUUAAUGAUUGAUAAAGCACCAACAUGACAGAAAAUGGCCGUAUUAUAGUAAGACAAUCUGUUUUGAAGUUUUUUUUCACUUAAUUAUAUUUGCCUUGGUAAUACAAGAUGUAUCAUUAAUUUUUUUACACUGUCUAUCAAUUAUGUAUUCAGUGAUUGAAAAAAAGUUUUAAAGUGAUUUUAAAAGAAGAGUUAUAAUUAUAUAUUGGAACUUUUAAUAUUUUAUCUGUGUUAGUCAUUGUAUAUAAAUUUGAAUGAAGAUAGCAUAAUACAAGUGUUUAAGUAUUAAUGGAAGAGAUAUGAUAUUGUUAUUGUUUAUGUAUUAUAAAUUGAAAAAAAAUAUAUCUACUUUGGUUAGUUUGGUAACUGUAAUGAACAUAAUAUUCUAUACAUAUAGGAUUUAAAUAAGCUUUUAUAAGGUAUGUUUUAUUAAUAAAUUACAUUUUUUAUGCAAUAGAAUUGAGAAAGGAAAUGGGAAUGUGUCAAAGCGACAACAACCCGACAAUAGAGUCAGUUCUGAUAACAUAUGUGUACAGAAUAUUGUAUACAGCUUUUAUAAACAUUUUUAGGAUAUUUUAUUUUCUUUUAAGAGAAAAACUGUGUCUAAUAAAAAAACAUAUCAUCAAAACUUGAAUCUUGUCGAGUCUUACAGUAUGUAACAUACCUUGUAAUACUCUCAUGUAAAGCAGAUAAAAUGGUGAGUGUUUUAGUCAAAAGAAACUUUGAACAACAACCAUGCAUAGAAAUUUAAAGAUUAUUUUUUAAACAUCUGCAUCUAGAUAACCAACCCACUGUUAAAAAUCUUUUGUUUAAAGGUUGCAAGGAGAGAUAAUUGACAAACCUAUGCAAGUGCUUAGACAGAUAUAUUAUCAUAUUUUCUUUUGUUUUUUUUUAAUUAGUGCCAUAUGAUUGUUGUUUGACAAUGUAUAUGUAGAAAUAUAGGAACUUUUUUGUGUUUGGAAUAAUUAUGCAGUUGGUUUAUUGAUUAACAAAAUUUCACAGGCACAUAUUUUUACAUUUUUGUCCAUAAUUCCACAAUACUAGCUUGGCAUUCUCUUUAGUGACUUUAACUAUUGCUUGGUUGUUCUAUAAAUAGUAUCUGCACACAUAUGUUUACCAUACACAGAUCACUUUAAGAUGAUUCAUCAAUGUGGGGGAUGAUUUUUUUAAGAAUCCUACGAAGUCAUGUUUCACAUAAUUCAUUAGACAUCUACUCAUCUGUUGUGCUUGCAAAUUUAAUAUAGAGCAAAGUAAAAAUUGUCAUCAGGUAAUGGAUAAAUUUUGUUUUGUUAUGAUAAUUUUGUUGACAUACCACUACUUCAUGUUACAAAUUCUUCUUACUCCGUGUGAUAGCAAUACUAAUAAUCAUAUCAUUAAUGUUGUAUAAUACACAAUGUGAACCCUUUUGGGAGUAAGGGUAGGGAACUAUAAAAAAAACUUAUAUUUUACAAUAUCUUUUCUCAGAAAACCUAAUAAUCUAUUUAUCAUGCUAUUUUUGGUCUUAUUCAACUUUUAAAGACAUUUUACAAAACGUAUUCUCCUAAAUUGUGACAUCACUUUAAAGUUCUGCUCAUACAUACAAUAUACAAUAUCUUUACUCAGAAAACCUGAUAAUCUGUUUAUCAUGCUAUUUCUGAUCAUGUCUCGAAGCUGUGAUAUGAAACUUAAGGAGUGAGUGAGCAGGGUGAUGUUAGCACCAUAAUUGUAUUCAUAUUUUCUCGUUGACCUGUAUGAACUGUAAAAUGUUAAGACAGAGGUUUCUCUGAAUUUUUGACUUCAUAUGAUUGAAAACAACAUCUUAUGGUAUAUGGUUGUCUUUCUGUUGUAUUUAUUAGACAUUUGUGAUUAACUUUACUAUUUUAACAUAUAAAGUUGGUGUGUUAAAUUUGCAAAAAAGAAAUUUAUAUUCUCCAUGUCAAACUUAUGAAUUUAUAUAUAUUAUAUAUCAGUUAAUGAACUUAGAAUACAGUUUUUCAUGCCACUCAUACUAUAACAAUGUAUUUAUUUCACAAAACCAUCCGUUUUAAUAUGCUUUUCAAGUUGUAUUGAAGUCUAUAUUAUUGUAUGAUGAAUAAAUGAAUGAAUAUA